AUGACAACUGAGAGCACAGAGACUAACAACAAUGCCACGACAACAGAGCAGAUCCGCACUCCCAUCACCGAUCUUUUCAAGAUCAACCACCCCAUCUUCUUGGCUGGUAUGAACGUCGCCGCCGGCCCCAAGCUGGCUGCUGCUGUUACCAACGCCGGUGGUCUCGGUGUCCUCGGUGGCAUCAACUACACUCCCGACAUGCUUCGCGACCAGAUCGAGGAGCUCAAGUCCCAUCUUACCGACAAGAACGCUCCCUUCGGUGUCGAUCUCCUCCUUCCCCAGGUCGGUGGUAACGCCCGCAAGACCAACUACGAUUACACCAAGGGCAAGCUCAACGAGCUCGUCGACAUCAUCAUCGAGUCCGGUGCCAAGCUCUUCGUCUCCGCCGUCGGUGUUCCCCCCAAGCACGUCGUCGACAAGCUCCACGCCAACGGCAUCGUCUACAUGAACAUGAUCGGCCACCCCAAGCACGUCAAGAAGUGCCUCGACCUCGGUGUCGAUAUCAUCUGCGCUCAGGGUGGUGAGGGUGGUGGUCACACCGGUGACAUCGCCACCACUAUUCUCAUCCCCGCCGUCGUUGAGGCCUGCAAGGGUGCCAUCUCUCCCCUCACCAAGAAGGAGGUUCUCGUUGUCGCUGCCGGUGGUAUCCACAGCGGUCCCCUUCUCGCCUCCGCCCUCAUGAUGGGCGCUUCCGCCGUCUGGGCCCACAAGGAGGCCUGUCCGCACUGCCGGCUUCUCCCGACACCCAUCCGCACCCUCAUCUUCACCGGCCGCCCCCUCCGUGUCCGCAAGAACCCCUACAUUGAGAACUGGGAGACGGAGCGCGCUCAGGAGAUCAAGGAGCUCACCUCCAAGGGCAAGCUCCCCUACGAGUCCGAUAUCGACAAGCUCAUGUCCGGCGCUGCCGAGAUCCCCAAGGCUAUGAAGGAUGCCUACAAGGCCGACAACGGCAGCGACGAGGUCGAUGUUGAUGACCUCCUCGACCACUUCCAGCCCUUCCUCAUGGGCCAGUGCGCCUCCGUGUGCAACGAGAAGAAGAACGCCAAGGCGAUCGUUGACGAGUUCGUCAACGACGCUGUUGCCGUUAUCCGCAAGGGCAACUCCCUCAUCACCGUCUCUUCCAAGCUCUAA